AGCAGAAAUUCACUGUUGGCAUCUGGCAAAGCAGCAGGAGAGAGCAGUUGUGAGGGGAAGGGGGGUGAGGUGUCUGCUCUUCAAGAGGGACAAGACAAAGGAGUUGGGGAAUUGUCCUGGAACUCUGGCCUGGCGGGCUUGGAGCGCUGGGUGGGCAUUUCUUGAGAGCUGUGGUGGCCCCACUUCGUCCUGAGCCUCAUUUGAUGGCAGUGUGUCCAGAGGCAGCCCGGCUCCAGGCUGAAGCAAAAAGCCAGAGCGGGUGAUGCGGGAGCUGCUCCAGCGCCUACCGCAGCCUGCGGCCCGGUGGGAGCGUCCCGGGCCCUGCCCCGGGGCGCCCUGAGGCGGGGCAGUGCCCACUCCCGCCGGCCGCCCUCACAAGGCCCAGGCCGCCUCCUUCCCACAAGGCCCAGCAGGGCCGCCCUCACACCUGCCCCGCCCUGCCCUGUCCCGCCCGGCCCCACCCUGCCCCGUGGCCUCUGUCACACCCCACGCUGACGUGCUGAGCCUUCCACCAGCCAUUGUGACGCCACAGGCGCCAGUCGGGCACGGCUUUGUUGGUGCCCGCAGCCGGCGCCCAGAGCUGCUGUAGCCUCUCGGGGAGCAGCAGCACAUCCCGCUCGGGGAGCAUUGCGCGCCUGCAUCGCCGUCUUGGCAGCUGCAGGCCACGACCACUGCGCAGGGCGACCUCGUCUGCCUUGUGCUUCAUACCCUGUGCCCGUCCUUAUUCUCGUCCCCUUUGUCACCCUCCCCCUAAACCUCGCCCCGUCCCAUUCCUCAUCCCCACUUGGCUCCCGGCAGCCCGCCGGGGCCUUCUUGCCCUUCCUGCUGCUGGGAGCUCCAAGCAGGGCCAUGCCGUGGCUUCUGAGCAAGAAGCGACGGCAGUCGCCCUCCAGCAGCCCCAGUGGGCAGCCCUGGGCUGCCACCAGCUCCAGCAGCGCCUCCCAGCUCCGGGAGCAGGGGCUGGGCAGGCUGCACCGCGCGGCCGCCCGCGGUGACCUGGGCUGGCUGAGGCGCUGGCGCUGGUACGUCAAGGUAGUCGGCAUCGACAGGCCAGACCAGGAGAUGCGGACACCUCUGCAUCUGGCUUCAGCCAAUGGCCAUGCAGAUGUCGUCAGAUAUCUGCUAAGAAAGAACAGCCAGCCCAACCUCACUGACAGCUUCAAGAGAACGGCCCUGAUGAAGGCAGUCCAGCAGGAGCAGGAAGAAUGUGUUGCUGUUCUGCUGGAACACGGUGCCGACCCCAAUCUGGCAGACGCUGACGGCAACACUGCCCUUCACCUGGCUGUGCUCUCUAAAAACACAGCUGUAGCAGGGCUGUUACUGGAGCAUCAUGCCAACAGUGAUGCUCAGAACCAGUGGGGAUUUACCCCCUUCAAACUUGCAGCCUUGCAACAGCACGAGGAGAUUCUGGAGUGCCUUGUGAACAAAGCAGCUGACAGGCCUGCUCAAGCCCAGGGGGAAAGGAGUGCUCUUGUGGUUCCUGGAAGCCACGAGGCUCACCUGGAGGAAGAUAAUCUGCGCUUGCAGGAGGAGCUGGACAGGGCUGACGCGGAGGUAUGGAAAGCCUGUCCCCACAGGGAGAAACCUGGGGGUGCCUGUUGCUUCCUAUCCAUCCUGAAAACGGACAAACCAGUGUUCAGUGUGUUCAUUGGGGAGUAGAAGUGAAGCU